CACAUCUUCACUUGUUCCAUUAAAAUGCCUGAGGGACCUGAACUCCACUUGGCCAGCUUGUAUGUCAACAAAAUGUGCGAUGGAGUGGUGUUUAGUGGACCGGUUAUAAAAUCUGAAGUCAGCAAAAGUCCAGAAGUGGCCUUCACCUGUGAUUCGUACCGCAUCACAGCCAUUUCCAGAGGGAAGGAAGUGAAGCUGACUUUGAUGCCCAUGAAGAGUGACGAUGAUGGGAAGCGGCGGUCAAAAAGUGGACAAGCAGAUCAACAUAUGGACGUAGUCUUUCGCUUCGGGAUGUCAGGUUAUUUCCGCUUCACAUCAGAGGAAGAAGUUCCUAAACAUGCCCAUCUACGUUUCUACACUAAGGAGAAGCCUCGCCGAGUGCUGAGUUUUGUAGACACACGAAGGUUUGGCAGCUGGCAACCCAAUGGAACCUGGCAGCCUGACAGAGGGCCCUGCAUCAUGUUUGAGUACAAGAGUUUCAGGGAGAAUGUCUUGUCUCAUCUGAGCGAUCGGGCUUUUGAUCGCCCAAUUUGUGAGGUCCUGCUGAACCAAAAGUACUUCAAUGGAAUUGGGAACUAUUUGAGAGCUGAAAUUCUGUACAGGUUGAAUAUCCCACCGUUUGUGUGUGCGAGGGACGCACUGGAAGGCCUUGAGUUAGAGGAUGAAUUUGAGAACGGGAAGCCAGUGAAAAAUGAGAUCACAGACACAAAGACUCCAGAGAGGGCUAAAAAGAAAGCAAUGAAACAGGAGGGAGGGGAUGUUCUCAGACUUUGUCAUACAGUUCCUCUGGAGGUCAUCAAAUUAGGUGGUAAGGGCUACGACCCUGAGAAGAUGGACUACUCUGCCUUUGAGGCAUGGCUGCAGUGUUAUUAUGUUGAUGGAAUGAAAUCAGUUCGGGACCACAAUGGGAGAACAAUGUGGUUUAAGGCGAACCCAGGGCCCAUGGUACCCAAAGAUUCAAAAUCACCCAAGACAAGAAAGAGGGCAAAGAAAGAUGAUCAUGACUAUCCAGGCAAGAAAAAGGUGGCCAAAAAUGUGAAAGAGAGCACAACAAAGAAAGGGGUGGUCAAACAGGAAACCCCCAAAAAACAAAAACCUCCACAUCCGAAGGAAAUCCUUUCAAAGAAAGCAAAAGCUGAAAAGACUCAGGAAGAAACACCGCAGAGUGAAACCAAGUCAAGUGCAUGUAGAAAGAAAAGCAGCAGUGUAGAACCUGCUGCAGGAAGAGCGAGACGAAGUGAGAGAGUAACCAGAAAAAACAGCAAAUGAAUGUGGAGCCAAAUCUUUCUGUAAAAGAAUUUUAUACUUAUAAUUUUUAAAAAA